AUGCCGCCAAAGAAGGCCACGUCCUCUAAAGCCGCUGAAGGUACUAAAAAGCCUCGUAAACCGAGUAACAAGCCUGUAUCUGUCUUUCUUCGCAUCAAGGCCUGUGGUAUCGACAUUGCAUCCUACGUGAACCCAGAGAGCAAGAAAAAAGCAGAGAUGUCUGUUCCUGAUGUCGCUGCAAAUAGGACAAGCGUCAACGACACUCCGUCGAUGGGUCAGCCAAGGGCGUUUGCAAGCGAAACUCUUGUUUCCCUGCUCUUCUUCUUGUCUAGCUUCUCUACACUCCGUAACUUGAUCCUUACCGGCCAUGUCUUCUACGACUACUUUGUUGCCCAUCGCGAGCAAGUAUUUGAUCAAAUUCUUCAUAACUGCUUCGGCAGCCAGGCGUUUGCAAUUCUUCGACUCUCCUCCCUCAUCAUCCACGAGAGGUCAUACUCUCCAAAGAUCCACGACGGAAAUCAGUGGCUCAAAGAAUAUCAGCCCAAGUACAACCCCCGAAUGCUCAGCACUACAAAAUGGGUUGAGAAGAUUAUGGAAGUCACAGCGAUGCUCUAUCUGACGAGGGACAAGUGGCUUGCCCACGGAAAGGCCGUGGCGGAGCUACCGUCCCUCAAAUUCUCCCGUCAGGAUAUCUCAGACUUUCAGCGUGGAUUCAUUCUUUGGUGGACCUCUUGCAUCAUUAACGGCCAAAUGCCCGUUAAUUUUACGUCGGAUGCUGAGAUUGACAGGUGGAAGACGGUAGAGUGGACAAGGGAACAGGAAGAAGAUAUCCGUGACAUCAGCGGCUUUUUCUAUGGCGUUAUUGACACAUUUGACUUUGAGGAUGGGAGUUUCCCAGGUGGUGAUGACACAUAUCUUGAAUGUGCUUAUUGGGUCACGAGCUCUGUCGGUCCUCUGCCUUUCUUACGUGCACUAUCCCGCAACGAUGGGAAGAAGAUUCUGGUGGACACUGUCUCUCUCUAUAGGGGCUUUUGA